GAAUAAUAUUAUUAAUAAUAUUAUGUGAGAAUUCUCACAUGUUGUCAACUUUAUGUAUGCUGUUUCAAUGUUUGUUGAGUCACUAUUCAGAUUUUGUUUUGAGGAUGGAAGGCUACAAUACGAUAGUCAUCCCACCUUGACGGGUCUGUCGGCCUAGUUCCUUGGAUUUAUGACGCCACUUCCGACAGACUGCUCUAAGGGUUAAUUACAAGAUGUGAAAAUCAUUAAUUCUAGGUUAUUAAGUUCUUUGGCUUUCACACUUCUCUACUUUCCUCUUUGAGAUAUUUCAGUUUAGUGGAACGGAAAAAGUAGUUAGGCCAGUUGGUUUGGACUUAUAAGUCCAGUUAUUUUCUACGGUUAUGUUUAGUAUGAUUUAUUUUCUUCUAUGCUUGCAAUAAGAUGAAAAGUUUUAACUUCUAAAGGUAGUCCCCAUAGUUCAAUUUGGAGGUUCACGCGGAUUUAUUGAUGGCCUGGUAGUAUUCAUCACAGAUGCAUUGGUUAAAGAACCACUGAAACCUAAAAGCGCUGGACAGCUAUUUCAUCCUAGUAUGGAACUGCCCAGCAGUGUGCACCCACGACCCCUUACGCUUGUGCACUUUCUAGGAUUUCCUACUACUGUCUGGCAGUUUCUCAUCCAAUUUUGAUGACAUACUAAGUAUAGGCGAAGAACUUUUUGAACUUGUAUACAUGUUGUUAAACUUCAAAUGAGCGAAUUUAUAAGGCAGGGCGUCGUUCGUGAUGAAAAUGGUGAUUUAAUUAUUCCUCCAACUAAACGACCUGACGGGACAUGGAGAAAGGCUGUUCGUGUUAAAGAAGGAUAUAUUCCUCAAGAAGAGAUUCCAGUUUACCGAUCUGUUGGUGUAAAAAUUCUUGAACAAAAAUCGCGAUUCGUGAUUCCGGGUUUAACUAAGGAGGAUGCAGAACAUCUCAAACUGGAGAGAAAAAAUCAGUCACAAUAUGAUACAGUGACAUCGAAUUCAAUUCCAAAGAAGAAGAAAUCUAAGAAACCGAAAUCUAAACAAACUGAGUUUUCAGAACCACAGCAAAAAACAAUACUUGACUCUAAAGAACCAUCAAAACAAAUCCUGUCAGCUAACGCUGUUGAUCACACGCACGUCGAAGUUUCAGGUGAACCAACUAUAACUGUUGAUCGAAAGCUUAAACGGGAACAGAAGAGAUUACUGCAGAUAGAAGACAUAGAAAGGAAGAAACUAGCUGGUGAAAAGUUAAACAAAGAUCAACAUGAAAAGCUAAGUCAUAAACGUGAUGUUGAAAAGCUUAUUGAAGAGUUAAAGUCUCUUAAAACUGAUUGAUACUACUGUGAUGUAAAUAUCAUUAGUCUUCAUGCUGUAAUCACUUGUAAAUAAAAAACGAACGAUAGAAAAAAUAGGACUUUUUAUAGGUGUAGUGCAGACACAUGACAUAUAUGUCAAGUAAAGAUCACUGUGGAAAUUGUUUCCUGUAUAUUUCAAGUACUUCUUCCAGUAAUAUUCCAUUCUCUUCAACCACGAGACGUUAGGUAUGACAUUUUCGUGAUCCUGUAUUUCAUUAUGUUUUUCUGUAACAUUGUACUCAUAUUGGUUAUAAACUUUAGUUCAUUCAUCUGAACUUCCUUUUAAAUACUACUCACUUUUAAGAAUC